UAGAUCGAGCCUUUCAACUGCAACGGCAGGUUCGUCGUUUCUCCUCCCUUCAACGACGCAUCAACAGAACGCGCGAAGGCGAAGGAGAUCUUCCCUCCUCUCCUCUCUAUCAACUUACCAAAAGCGGCCAAGGCCAAGCCUCCGCUCCGCAACAGAGCUCCAUCACGCUCCACAACCAGCUACCAAGUGGACUGGAAUUUUCAGCUGCGGUCUUUGUUUUUCGGUGAUCACUGUCUCUCUGUCGGCCAAGAUGGUUGUAUUGGCAGCUUCAGUUGUGAGCAAGUCUGGAAAAGUGCUUCUCAGUAGACAGUUUGUGGAUAUGUCUCGAAUAAGAAUUGAAGGUCUUCUUGCUGCCUUCCCAAAGUUGAUUGGAACUGGAAAACAACAUACUUACAUUGAAACCGAGAAUGUUCGCUAUGUCUACCAACCAAUAGAAGCUUUGUACCUGCUACUUGUUACCAAUAAACAAAGCAACAUUCUUGAAGAUCUGGAGACAUUGAGGCUUCUUUCCAAGACUGUACCUGAAUAUUGUCUCUCUCUUGAUGAAGAGUCCAUUGGGCAUGCAGCUUUUGAAUUGAUUUUUGCUUUUGAUGAAGUCAUCUCCCUUGGGCACAAGGAAAAUGUAACUGUUGCCCAAGUUAAGCAGUACUGUGAAAUGGAGAGUCAAGAAGAGAAGUUGCACAAGAUGGUUAUGCAAAGCAAGAUUAAUGAGACGAAGGACGUCAUGAAACGCAAAGCUAGUGAGAUUGACAAAAGCAAGAUUGAGAAGUCUAGAGGUGACAGGGGAGGGUUCAAGGCUUUGCAGUCAAUGGGCUCUGGAAGACUUGAGAGUAGCUUCAGUGACAUGAGCAUAUUUAGCAAUGGAAGUGGUUUUGGAAAUGGUUCUGGAUUUGGGUUGAGCACUGAUAUUGAUUCCUUCUCCAACAAGUCUAAAGGUCAUACACCUUCAUCUGCUGCCGCUCCUCCAAAAGGUCUUGGUAUGCAGCUUGGUAAAAGCCAAAAGACAAAUCAGUUUUUGGAAAGCCUGAAAGCGGAAGGUGAAGUUAUUCUCGAAGAUGUGCAGCCUAAAGCAGGGAAUACUAAAGUGGCUGCACCACCACCAACUGAUCCCAUCACUUUGACCAUUGAGGAGAAACUCAAUGUGGCACUUAAACGAGAUGGUGGAUUAAGUAACUUUGAUGUGCAGGGUACCUUAUCACUUCAAAUUCUUAAUCAGGAUAAUGCCUCGGUCCAAGUUCAGAUUGAAACUGGAGGAAAUCCAGGAAUUCUGUUCAAGACACACCCUAACAUCAACAAAGAGCUAUUUGCAAAUGAGAACAUCCUAGGACUCAAAGAUCCAAAAAGGCCUUUUCCAACUGGCCAAGCUGGUGAUGCAGCGGGUGUUGGUCUUUUGAAGUGGAGGAUGCAGAGUGUUGAUGAGUCAAUGGUGCCACUCACAAUAAACUGCUGGCCUUCAGUCUCUGGAAAUGAAACCUAUGUCAGCAUUGAGUAUGAAGCCCCAUCGAUGUUUGAUCUGAGAAAUGUCGUGAUCUCAGUACCUCUCCCGCCUCUUCGAGAAGCACCGAAUGUGAGACAGAUUGAUGGAGAAUGGAGAUAUAACUCCCGGAAUUCCAUUUUGGAGUGGUCAAUACUUCUCAUAGAUAAUUCAAAUCGCAGUGGGUCAAUGGAGUUCGUUGUUCCUCCAGCAGAUUCUUCUGCAUUUUUCCCCAUAUCAGUGCAGUUUUCAGCCACUAGUACAUUCAGUGAUCUAAAGGUUGUCAAUAUUUUGCCGCUGGGUAGUGGAUCGCCUCCCAAGUUCUCUCAGCGGACUCAGUUGAUCACAGAGAACUACCAAGUGGUUUGACUGUCUACGAAAGUGCACCUUAAGUUUCCCAUUUCUGCACUCAAUAAAUAGUGUCUAGCCUUCACUGCCUGCAUUCAGCAGCUUUCGAGCAAUACCUCACAAGGAAAUUAUUCUUUUCUGAAUACAUCUUAAAUUUUACAGCCAAAUUUUUUCCUGUGAGUUCCAUUCUUUUUCACCGAUUUGAAGUGCAUGUUGCUAGAAAUUGAAUUGACGGGGAGACCGGAAUAUCAUAGAUUUCAAUUUUGUUUCUCCGUCGGUGUUUCCUCCCAACUGCUAGCUUCUUGAUGGUGUCUUAUCGCGUGUCUUUGGGAUUCCUGGAACUGAACAUAUAAGUUUUAUUCA